AUGAUGGGCAUGGGUAAUUUAGAUUAUGCUCAUCCGGAGGUGAAACGAAUUCUUCGUCAUCACUCUCACGAUCCAAAGACUUUCUUUGUAUUCGAGCCUCCAAUCGAUGUCAGAGAACACGAGAAGAAAUUCAUCAUUCAUGCAGAUGUUCCAGGCUUUCACAAGAAUAAUAUUUCAGUGACGGUCACUGAUGAAGAAAGAGGAGAAAUUUGUAUUAAGGGAAAUUUAGUAGAUUUAGAGGAAAAACAAAUGAAAGAGGAGGAACAAGUUUUUGGAAAGUAUCUCAUACAGGAAAGAGUUUUAGUUCCAGAAUUUGAAAGGAAAGUAGUCUUGCAUAAUCCAUCAGAAAUUGAUUGGGAUAAUAUUAAUGCUUCCAUUGCUCAUGGUCAACUCAAUAUUGAUAUUCCAAAGAAGGAUGUUCCUUCCAAACCACCAAAGGAAUCAAAAAUUAUUCCAAUCUCUGAAGAACCUUAA